UCGGCCGUGCCACACACACCGUACACUGUUCGCUUCAGCCUACAGCUUCAGCCUCACAAUCAGCAGCCGCCACAGGAGACCAGCCAGCAGCAGCCGACGACAUUAAUCGCAUCGUGCGAAAGGCCCCAAAGUCCGGUCUCGCGCGCACUUUAAAAUUUUUCCCCACACUGAUUGCAGUCCUCCGUUGCGUUGCGUUUUGUUUCGUUUCGCGCUUUAUCGCUUGGGCCGCUUUGGUGCUUUUUGGUUUGCAUAUUUAUGCUGAUUUAACCAAUCCAAUCCAAUCGGUUCCCUCCCAAAAAUCGGUUAUCAACGUGAACUGCUGCUGCGGCAAACUAAUUCCCAACGAUAAGAACCCAAAACUUUGAAAGACAAAAGUGAAUUACAAAUCAAUUUGAAAAGCUUUUAGCUCGGAACCCGUACAACUGCAGUGACAGAGAGAUAGCCGAGUAUCGUGCCAUCGAUUCGAAUCAAUCAGACAUCAUCGAGUGAGUGAGUUAGCUCGACUCGAUUCCAUUUCGAGAGUGAACCGGGAGUACUAAAGAGCCCUGGUAUGAGUAACAGCGCGAUGGUGGCUGUGGCCAUCUGCUGCAUCCUCGUCCUGCUGGCGGUGUUCAUCGUGAUCAUCAUUGUGGUCGGCCAGACCAUCGAGGAGCCCAAAUGAGACAUGCUCCAGCUGGGACCCGGCAACUUCCCAGAUGGAUAACAGAGGCCCUUCAAUUGUUAGUCAGUCAGCAUUCGCACCCGCAUCGGCAUCGGCAUUAGCACCAUCAUCAACAGUAUCAUCAUCGGAACCAGGAAAAAACCAAGAAGCGGAAAUGGUAGCAGGAGGAGAUCAGGAGGAGAAGGAAAGGAAAAUGCGUCCCAUCGUCAGUAUCCAUUGGCUGUGAUGUGAAAUUUUUAGAAUUUGUGAAGCAAAAAUCAAUCGAGAAAUCAACAACAAAAUUUUUGGAACAUUCCGCAUCGUAAUAAAUACUCGAACUAACCCGCACAUCUUCAUGUUAUAGUAAAUCUCUGUGUGUUUUAAGUGUUGAAUAAUAUAAAUAAUGUAUAUACGAGCAAGCAGUUCU